UAUUAGCUAAUACAUAACGCACUAACUCCUAAUAAGUCCAAAAAACAAUUUCCGAUCCAUUUCAUACUGUAAAGCUUGAAAGAUUCAAUGAGCAACUACCCAUUCAUGAAUGAAACACAAAGUAGUUAUGAUCGAAUUAACAAUCUCAAGGCAUUUGAUGAAGAAAAAACAGGGGUAAAGGGGUUGGUAGAUGGAGGAGUUGAAAAAGUUCCUAGCAUAUUUGUUAGACCACUCGAGGAUCGCUCUAAGGAUUUGGGUACUAAUGCUGAAAAUAUAGGUGUACCCGUCAUAGAUUUUGCUCAUGUUGGUGAAAGUGAUGGUCAAAUUGAUAAGGUCGUAAACGAAAUCAUUUCAGCAUCUAAAAAAUGGGGAUUUUUUCAAGUGAUAAAUCAUGAAAUUCCCUUGGAAUUGUUGGAAAAAAUGAUUGAAGGAGCUCGAAUGUUUCAUGAACAAGAUGAUGAGGCUAAGAAGCAAAUUUAUAGUCGUGAUUUUUUCUCGAAAAAGGCCUCUUUUCUUUCCAACCAUGACUUGUAUAAAUCAAAGGCUGCUAACUGGAGGGAUACUUUCUAUUUCAAUGCUCUGACCGGUGAAGUUGAUCCUCAAGAGUUACCUCCAAUAUGCAAGGAUGUGACACUAGAGUAUGUCGACCAUAUGGUCAAAUUUGUUAACAACAUACUUCAGUUGUUAUCAAUGGGUCUUGGACUUAAACCAAAGCAUCUUGAAGAACUCGAUAUCAGCAAAGGAUGGUCCUUAGGUUGCCACUACUACCCGGCUUGUCCAGAGCCACAAUUGACCUUGGGAACUAAUGGACAUGCUGAUAUCACAUUCCUCACAGUACUUUUACAAGAUCAAGUGGGGGGUCUCCAAGUUCUUCAUGAAAACCAAUGGGUUAAUGUUGAACCUAUUACUGGUGCCUUGAUUGUUAACAUUGGAGAUGCACUUCAGAUUGUAUCUAAUGGCCGAUUAAAGAGUGUCUACCACAGAUCAACUGUGAACAGCGUUGGACCAAGAAUUUCUGUUCCAUUUUUUGUCCAAGGCUUUUUCUCGUCUAAGAAAAUAUAUGGUCCAAUCAAGGAGCUAACAUCAGAAGAAAACCCACCUAUUUACCGUGAAUUCUCAACUGAGGAGAACCUCACACACUUCUUCUCCAAAUCCCUUGAUGAGAUCGGAAUUGAUCAUUUCAAGCUACAUUCAUUGUCCUGAAGAUGUAGGGUUAAUUUGAUCAGAGAUGGUAUUACAACCACAACUUACAACAAUAUUGUUAUGAAUACCAUCAUAAUUUGUACUUGUUAAAGAGCUAUAUGUAGCAAUCAAAAUUCGCAUUAUAAUCGUUAUUUUAAGUUGUGAUUUCUAAGGGCCAAAUGUUUGGGAAGACAUUUAUAUAGAAAAUAAAGGCUCUUAUGAUAAACUAUUAGCCAUUAUUUUACUUGGUGUGAUGCUUUAUCAAUGUACUCCGUAAUAUUUUCUAUUUGAUGAUUUCAGCUAUACUUAAUUAGUUGAUUAAGGAAA